GCUGCAGUAUUCUACAUGUUCCAUAAAUUUUUGCGUUCAACAUACAAACUUGGUUCAAUAGUGUGACGUCAGCAAAAAGGCAGAUGAUUUUUCAAAUAAAACGAUAACCAGACGAUUAUCAGCGCAAUCUUUCUUAAGUGACAGCCUUAGUGAAAAAGUUGUUGACAAAAACAAAAAUAUUUGCUUGCAUCUGAAUUUUAUUCUUCUUGCGUGUUAAAAGUAAACAACAUAAAUUAUUUAGGCCGCAAUCGAAAAUGGUUUGUGCACUUGGUAUAGAAGGCAGUGCAAACAAAAUAGGCAUUGGCAUAAUACGUAAUGGAGAAGUUUUAGCCAAUGUGCGACGAACUUAUGUCACACCACCAGGUGAAGGAUUUCUGCCAAAAGAAACCGCAGAGCAUCAUAGAGAAAAUAUUCACCAACUAAUUAAAAAUGCUUUCAAAGAAGCGAAUAUCGAACCAAAGGAAUUGGAUGUUGUUUGUUAUACCAAAGGACCUGGAAUGGCGCCUCCACUAUUAAUUGGUGCAAUAGUAGCAAGAACACUUUCUUUGCUAUGGGGAAAACCAUUGUUGGGAGUAAAUCAUUGUAUUGGACAUAUAGAAAUGGGUCGCCUUAUAACAGCUGCAAAGAACCCAAUUGUACUUUAUGUUAGCGGUGGCAAUACGCAAGUAAUUGCUUAUUCUAAUAAACGAUAUCGUAUUUUUGGUGAAACGAUAGAUAUUGCAGUAGGCAAUUGUCUUGACAGAUUUGCACGUAUUAUUAAACUCUCAAAUGAUCCCAGUCCUGGCUAUAAUAUUGAGCAAAUGGCAAAGAAAGGAACACAAUAUGUAAAACUACCAUAUGUUGUCAAAGGUAUGGACGUUAGCUUCUCUGGCAUUCUUUCACACAUUGAAGAUCUUGCCGAUCCCAGCAAAAGGCGUAAUAAACGAAAAAAGGAAGAAACAGCCAUUGCUGAAGCCGAAUAUAGUAAAGAGGACCUAUGCUAUUCCCUACAAGAGACGAUUUUUGCAAUGCUGGUAGAAAUUACUGAGCGCGCAUUGGCCCACUGUGGUUCAAAUGAGGUACUAAUUGUGGGUGGUGUUGGCUGUAACGAGCGUUUACAAGAAAUGAUGCGUAUCAUGUGUGAGGAACGUGGAAGCAAACUAUUUGCCACGGACGAACGUUACUGUAUUGAUAAUGGCUUGAUGAUUGCGCACGCUGGAGCUGAAAUGUUUCGUUCCGGAUCUCAAAUGCCUUUUGAAGAAUCAUUCGUCACGCAACGCUAUCGAACGGACGAAGUGCUAGUUACUUGGCGAGACGAUUGACGAUAAAUAUAUAAUAUUAUUAAUUAUAUGCUCGUUAAUAAACUUAUUUUCCAAACU